UCAUUUUGUGAUAGGUAAUUAAGAUACCGUUUCAUUCAUUAUUAUUUGCGAUGGCCCGAGCAUAAUUUUGCACAAAGAAGAGAAGAAGAAGAAGAAAAAAGGGAAUAUAUCACAUCCCAUGCAUUCUCUUUCUCGCUUACCAGCGUUUCAGUCGUCGUCCUCUUAUCGGACGACGACGAUUGUCCUUUCUUCUUUCCGGCCACCUUUUCUCCGACAAAAUGUUUCCUCAAGCCUCAUACAAUAAGCUCCUAGAAAUCAACGUCAUCUCCGCCCACGAUCUCCCUCCGGUAUCCAAAACGCUCCGCACCUACGUCGUCGCAUGGCUCGAUUCCGCCCAUAAAUUAACCACGAAAAUCAAUCACAACGGCCACGUUAACCCUACCUGGAAUUACAGGCUCGCCUUCCCCUUCGACGAUCGGUUUCUCGAUUCCGACAAAUCCGCCGUCAAUUUCGAGAUCUAUAACGUCGCGUGGCUCCGUGACCUUCCGAUCGGCACCGCUACGCUUGCGUUGAACAGCUUCUUCCCGCCGCUUACCGCCAGAAAGCCGGCCGUGAGACACGCCGCCAUUCCGAUUCGGCGUCCGUCCACGGGAGAGAUACAAGGAACGCUGAACGUUACCGUCAAAUUGAUCCACGACAGUCCGCCGGAAACGGAAUCCGGCAGUCAAUUAAGCGUUUCCACCGUGAAUAAACGCGACGACGGCGAAACGUCAGGAGAAGAUGAGGAUAAAAUUGAUGGCGAUCAGAAUCCGGAGCUUGAAAUUAAAAGUGCGAAGAGCGUGAAAAUCGUGUCGGAAAAAGACGACGGUUCCCCUGGAGAUAUGAAACUGAGAAACUGUCCGUCUUUCAGCGCAUCGUACGUCUCCGGGAUGCGUCCCCUGCCGUCGGAAGUGGCGGCGGGUUUGAAGAAAGGGCUGUAUUAUUUUCCCCGCGAGGAAGAUGAGUACGGGAGUUCCAUAUUCGAGAACUGGUCCGUCCCUGAUGAAACCAAGAGCAAAUCUUCCAAGACUGUGUCCUGGCAGGUAGACCACAAGGGAAUCCCGAUGGCCGGAAAGGAUCACGGCAGCUCCGCCGCAUGGUCGUCUAACACGAAGAGAACGAAACUAUCAAAAAAUCACCGCCGGGGCCGCUCCGGUGGAGGAUUGAUGUCGUGUUUUGGAAAUGCUUUAGGGCUUCGAUUCCGGUUCAUUUGUGGGUCCAAUUCCAAGGAAGAGAAGAAGAAGAAGAAAAAAGAAGCCGGCCGCCAGUGUUGAUGAUUAAUUACUUGCUCCCCAUUGUUCCUUAAACCCAUCCUUUUUGUUGCCUGGGAAAAAUGCAUGCAGGUUACACAUGAUAUUUUUUCUUUAUAUUAUUUGCUGUUGUACAUCACAUCAUAUGUACAUUAUAUUGGUUCCAAGUGAAAUUUCUUUUUCUUCUUUCACA